AUGGAAGAAAAUGAUGAGCCUGGUCAGUCCAUCUCAGCAGGGAGACAAGAAAUUAGAAAAAGAAGACAACCUAGCCAACCAAUGGUAGACAAAUCUCAGCAGACUGAAGUGACUGAGAAAAAGAAAUACAAGGCCAUGUCGCAGCCAUCUGGCCCUAAAGCUACCCAAAGCAUUGGUGAUAUUCCUGAAAGCAAAGUCAGCUACUCUACCAAAGGAUAUGAGUCUAUUAGAGUAUCUUCUCAACUCCAGAAAAGUUGGACAAAAAGAAAACGUGAUAAGGAAAUGACUGAUAAAUCUUUUCAGACAGACACCAUCAUAGUUGAAAAAAAAGAAAUCAAGAAAACUGGUGAGACACUGGGGCCAGAAGGAAAGUCAGCUAAUGUUGGAGAAAUGGCACCUGAAUUUCCAGCAAGAGUUCAGGAUAUAGAAAAACCACUGAACAAACCCUCAACUCAGAUGAAAAUAGACAGAUCACAGCAGACAAGUUGUACUGGAGACUGGAACAUGGUAAACAUUCCUCAAGUAGAAAAGGUGGACAAGGGACAACAGACAAAUUUUAGUGAAUUAGAAAUGGAGGCAUAUAGCUAUCCUGGUAGUUUUUUUACAGUGUCAAAGGAAGAUCUCAAGAAACAUAAAUCUUUAGGGAAGACUUUUGUCAGUGAACAUCUGGAAUUUCAACCUGCAACAAGUGGCAAAGACAGAAUUAAGCAGAAAAGAUUCAGCAAUCCUUCAGUCAGCCAGCCAACUCAAGAUCAUAUUCCAGUACUCACUUUAGAUAUUAUCUCCAAGAGUGAGGUAACUCUGGAUGUUGUGGGAGAGGGUCCUUUUCUUAGAAAAGAGUCAUCUACUGACAUAAGGUCACUGUCAACAGAAAAAAGCAGAGAUGAUACACAGUUUAUUGCUGCAGAAGAAAAUCCUUCUGAAAUCUAUCUACCACUAAGUAAGGAGAACGUUGUUGAACGAGAGGCUGUACCUAGGGAUGAAGUCCCUGUUGAAGAAGAACCUCUGUUAUCUGAGAUUUUGGUAGAUGCUUUCGUAGAAUUUCCGCCCACAGUUGAUGAAGAUGCUGUGGAAGUAGAGCCCGAACUAGUGGAAGAGAUGACUGCAGAAGAAGCAGCUACUGAAGUAGAUCGUAUCCUUUCUGAAGAAGCCUCAACAAGACUUCAGUCUCCAAAAGAUGAGGAAAUUCUGACAGAUGCUUUACCUGCUAAGAUAAAGUCGGCCUCAGUUGAAGAAAUUCCUCUUAGAGAAGAGAUUCCUUUUGCUGAAGAAGUCCCUCAAGAAGUACUCUUUCCUGAAAUUGGAGAGAUUUCUGAAGAAGAGUUUGCUGGUGAAUUAGUUGAGCUUCAGUCUUCACCAGGUGAAGAGGCCCUUGUUGAAGAGCAACCUCCAUCAACUGAAAAGACUCCUGUAGAAGAGGCACCUGUUCAAGAGCAGGGUCUACUAACGGAAGAGUCUCCUUCAGAAGGCAUCCCUACUGAGCUCCAGCUCACACCAGCCGAAGAGGGGCCCACAGAAAAAAUCCCAGAAGAUCAAUAUAUAUUAUCUGAAGAGGCCCAUGGAGAAGAGCUUCCUUCUGAAGUUCAGUCUCCACUAGAGGAGGAGGGUCUUGUGGAAGAGCCCGUUCCAGAAGUUCUGCCUCCAGCACCAGAAGAGAGACAGGCAGAGGAGGACUUUACAAAAGCAGAAGUUAUUGCAAUGGAAGACGUUCCAGUGGACACACAGUCUCCAUUAGGUGAAGAUGCUUUUAUAGAAGAGACACUUGAAGUGUAUCAGUCUCCAACUGUUGAGCAGGCCACUGAAGAAGAGUUUUCUCCUGAAGUUCAGUCUCCACCAUCUGAGGUCCCUGUAGAGGAGGUCUCUGCUGAACUUCAUCCUCCACCAGUUAAAGAAGUACCUAUAGAAGAGCUCUCUGAUGAGCCUCAACCUACAUCAGGUGAGGAAGCCUUUGCUACAGUUCAGCAACCACAAAUUGAAGAAUAUUUUGAAGAAGAGAUUUCUGAUGAACUUUUGCAUCCACGAGUUGAGGAGGAACAUAAAGAGGAGGCCCCUAAUGAGGUUCAACCCCCUUUAGCUGAGAAGGCUUCUGUAGAAGUGACCUAUCAUGAAGUGCAGUCUCCAUUAGUUCAGGAGGACCCUAAAAAAUAUGAGGCCUAUGAGGAAUUAUAUGCCCCUGCAGAAGAGUUCUCUACCGAAGGUCAGUCUCCAGUAGCUGAAGACAGCAUUGUAGAAGAGAUGUCUGCUGAAGUUUCACCUCCACCAGCUGUGGAUCCACCUGCAGAAGAGACCCUUUCUCAACUUCAGUCUCUAGCAGUUGAAAAAGAAGCUUCAAUAAAGGACAUUCAUGAUGAAGCACUAGUUGAGGAGCACUCUAUUAAAGAUAUUUCAGAUGAACAGACUCCAGUAGAGAAAGUAUCAGCUGAAUUGUUACCUCCCAAGGAAACAGAGGCUCCAGUGGAAAAUUAG